AAGGAGAAUGAGAAACAGAACGGGAGAGAGGGAGAGAGGGAGAUUUAAAAGGAGAGACUUUUUGGCAAUAUAGGAUCCGCCUAUAACGGAGACUGUCACAACAAUUCUUCCGUUUCCCUCUCUUCUCUGUAUUUCUUUUUUUUUUUUUUCAGCUCUGUUUCGGUCUCUGUCUCAGGUAGAGAGAUUAAGAGAGAGAGAGAGAGAGGGAAAGGGAAGGAGAGGACUUCGAAGUUCCGAAGUGAAGGAACGGAACGGUAGAUGUUCCCUCGUCCAUGCCGGGAUUUUGACCUUUCUCUCUCCUCAGAUAGGGCGGUGUUCGUUUCUGUCAAAUUUCUUAAGCACUUCAAUGUGACGUAUUGCCCCUGAUAAGGUUUUGCUUGCUUAGCGGAGCUGCACCAAAGGCGUACUUCCUCCUUUUGAAUGACUUAUAACUUGAAGGUCAGCUGUUUUGUUGAAGCUUAUAUGCUUUGUGCCUGCUCCUUUUGAGGUUGGCUUCACUAGUAGCAGUCGUUAUAAAAGAAUAUCGACAUAAUGGGUAGCUGCAUCUCAGUACAUAGUGAAAACACAAGAUCUAAACCAUACAAAAGACACUUUGGUAGAUCACGCAAGCGCCAUGGAAAGAUCGCUGCUUCCAUUCCUGAUGGACCUAUGAAAAGGCUGAGUGAUGCUGGGAGUCGUAUGAGAGAUUUUGCUGUUAGUGAAUAUGUUCAUCUUGAUUUUGAGAAGGGUGCUACAACCACCUGCAAGCGCUCUGAGAUGUCUAGUAAGACAUUUCAUCUAACCCAGCUACAAUGGAACCGCAGUCAAAUUGAUACCAAUGGAAUAUGCCAAGAGGAAGUAUGGUUUGAUUCUGUUAGCAUUAUAGAGUCUGAGUCAGAUGAUGAUUCUGGUAGUGUGUAUGGAGAUGCAUUUUCUUCAGUAGGUAAUGCAAUUGGGAAUAUUUCAAAUGCGCAAUUGCUUCAGUAUGAAAGUGCAUCAUGCUUUGUAGAUAAUGUGUCUAAGUAUGAAGGAUUUUAUGAAAGUUACAGCAUUAAGGGCCUGAAAGAUGGCACAGUUGAUUUGGGAGAGAAAACCCAGGAGAGCAUAAAAAAAUCGACAGUUAUCAUGCUUUCUGUGAAGAGGAAAUCGUUUGAAGGGGAUGAAAUUACAGAAUUUUGUGCAGCUGACAGGUACUUGUACCGUCCCAGAGCAGGACUUCUAAUUCCUUGCUCGGUAGAGAAACCAACUCCAGGAAGCUGGUCAGAGAUUUCUCCUUCACUUUUUAUGCUCCGUGGCGAGAAUUACUUUAGAGAUAAACAGAAGUUCCCUGCUCCAGACUAUAGCCCAUAUGUACCAAUCGGGGUUGAUUUAUUUGCCUGCCCACAGAAAGUGAAUCACAUUGCUCAGCACCUUGAACUGCCAAAUGUAAAACCACACGAAAAAGUACCUGCUCUUCUGAUUGUUAAUAUACAGGUGCCUACUUAUCCUGCCACCAUGUUUCUUGGUGAUGCCAAUGGCGAAGGCUUGAGCCUUGUCUUAUAUUUUAAGGUGUCAGAGACUUUUGACAAAGAUAUAUCCGCUCACUUCCAGGACAGCAUAAAGAAAUUUGUUGACGAUGAAAUGGAAAAGGUUAAAGGGUUUGCGAAAGAGUCCACCGUUCCUUUCAGAGAGAGGCUAAAAAUCAUGGCUAAUUUAGUUAACCCAGACGACCUCCAGUUAGGUUCUACCGAAAGGAGGCUUAUUCAAGCUUAUAACGACAAGCCAGUGCUUUCACGGCCUCAACACAACUUCUAUAAGGGACCCAAUUACUUUGAGAUUGACCUGGAUAUACACCGGUUUAGCUACAUAUCUAGGAAAGGACUUGAAUCAUUCCUAGAACGCAUGAAGAAUGGAAUAGUUAAUCUGGGUUUGACUAUUCAGGCACAAAAACCAGAGGAACUGCCAGAGCAAGCCUUGUGUUGUUUGCGCUUGAACAAGAUUGAUUUUGUAAAUCACGGCCAAAUCCCUACCAUUGUAACAGUCAAAGAGGAUUAAUUUUGAACAGACACCAGGAGGUUGAUGCAUUUAAUCCAACAAUACCUGCAGAGAACGAAAGGUUCGGGGAAAAAAAAAUGAAAGAAAUUUUUGUAUUUGAUAAAAUAUAAGAAAAAUUUUCAUUUUUUUUUUGAAUCCGAAAGUGAAAAUUUGUUGGUAAAUUUUAAAAAUCAUUUAAAUCAUCUGUAUUAGUAUUCUUUGCAUUCAUUUACAUUGUUACUUUUCUUAUCCGCUGCCUUUGUAAUUUCUAUAUGCUCACCAGCAAGCUAAUUACCAUAAAAUCUAGACAUCAUAAUCUGUUGUAUGGUACCUAAUGUUGGUUCAAGAGAGUUAUUGGGAGA